UGACUUUACAUGAGCAAGUGAAGAUUGUUUUGUGCAUAAGAAUGUGGUUCGUUGCGUUUUAAAGAGAAUCUAAGAGAAGAGAGUGUUGUGCAUUGUUGUGUUUACGAAAAAUUUCUGGUGCAACGAGAUCACAAGGAAGUGACUUUAAAAGGAGCAUCGUCAUUAUGACGCGGAUACAGAAAUGGUUUAUGGUUAUAAUCCUUGCUGGAUUACAGGAAAUCAAAGGACUUGUUUUGCGGAAUAUCAGUGUGCCAUUAGUAGUUGAUUAUCGACAUCGAGCCACUCUAUCGUGCAGCUAUGAAAUGGGAAAGCAUCAAUUAAACUCAGUGAAAUGGUACAAGGAUAAAGAGGAAUUUUUCCGAUAUUCACCCAUGGCGGAACCCAGCAUUAUAACGUUCAACGUCCCCGGCAUCAGCAUAUCAAAUCGCAACCAAUUCUGUAACAAAGGUUCAUGUCGGAUAGAGCUGGAGCGACUCAGUCCCAAAUCGUCCGGACAAUAUCGAUGUGAAGUAUCUGGAGAUGCGCCUGAAUUCAAAUUAAUCAGUCAAACGGCAAAUAUGACAGUAGCAGCAUUACCACAGCAUGAUCCAUUCAUCAAUGGACUUCUGCCCAGAUAUAGAUAUAAUGAUUUUAUCGUGGCGAACUGCACAGCGGAUUGGUCGAGCCCGGCAGCAACGCUUUCAUGGUAUAUCAAUGGCGCUCGGGCACCUUUCGAUUUACUUCAACCACAACAGGAAACCACAAUGAAGACGGACCAUUUUAUCCUGCACAAGCUAAGUCUGGAGCUACGUUUUCAUCUUGAUAAGGCACGUUUCAAAAGUCCGAAUGGCGACCUGGAAAUAAAAUGUGUAGCCGACAUCGUUAAGAUACCAUCCCUGUUACGUUUUAGUGUUUUUAAGGCAAAAAUCACAUCAGAUGAUGAAUUACAUAAUCAGAAAUUAGUCAAUCGGAAAAAUUCAGGAUUUAAGCAGCACUCUUAUGUGUCGAAAUCUACGAUGCUUCUCGCAUACACGAUAUUCACCUUGCAUUGGUAUAUCGCAUGCAUGGUCGGAUCAUCACGUGAGCUUUUUUCACAAUUAUCCUUAAGCUAGUUCCCAUUACGAAUGACAGUGAAACUAUUUAUAUAUAAUAUCUGAAGAAAAAAACACUAUGCAAUGAAGGCUGUUUAUUAAAGUUUAACUUAACUUUUAAUUCAUGUAAUAUUAUAAUAUAGUAAAUAUUUUUUAAAUGAAACACGAAAAAGGUUAAUCGAAUUCAAAUCAAAAUAGGUUCAUUGAAUAGAAAGAAUUAAAUCCGAUCGAGAAAGUGAAAACUAUGAAUUUAAAGAUGGAUACAAACAAAAGUUAGCUGCUUUGCAUCACCAGCGUUCAAUAACAUUAUUUUUCUAUUUCUGUAUAUAUGUGUAUUGGAAUUUGAGGUACUAUUGGUUUUAUUUUCAGAAUUAA